AUGCUCGUUUCACUCCUUGGAAUAACGGGCUUCGCGAUGCUCCUCGGCGCAAAGUCUGCUGGGGCCCGGUAUGCGGGGACAUUCCUAGGAGCGAUGGGGAUAUACCCAGCCAUUGCGAACACAAUCUCGUGGACCAGUAACAAUGUCGAAGGAGUCUACAAACGAGGCGUAACCCUGGGCUUCGUCAUCGGCUGGGGUAACCUAAACGGUAUUGUCUCUUCUAACAUCUACCGCGGUGCAGACAAGCCCGAUUUCUACCCAGGUCAUGGGACGGUCCUGGCAUACCUCGUGCUCUUCCAGCUUGGAGGGUCGGUGCUACAGUAUAUCCUCCUGCGAAGGGAGAAUACGAAGCGCCGUCGCGGGGAUAGAGAUAACUGGAUGGAGGGACUGGACCAGAGCGAUGUCCAGCUUUUGGGUGAUAAGAAGCCGGACUUUAUAUAUACGCUCUGA